AUGGCGCCACAGCAGGAUCCUUUCUUAUGGGACGUCGAUGCCGUCGUCGAUGCCCUCUGUGUGGCUCCCAGUUCGUGGACCAAGGAUCCUGUGUCCCUGGCUGCUAAGCUGAGGGAAGAGGAAUUCGACGGCAAGACGCUCCUCACUUUCGCGGAGACAUGUUCACGUCAAGAACUUAUGGAGUGCCUCGGCAUCCGCCUGGCCCGUCACAAAGUCUCACUUACUCAGAAGCUCGUUGACCUGUGCGACGAGAGCAAGCAGUAUCGACAGUGGCUUUCUGCCUUCCGCAAGAAGACUUUGUUUGCCCUUGAGGAUGACGAGCUCGUUGCGGAUGAACCGGCGGCGAAGCCAACCAGCGAGCAUCAUGCGGGGACCCCGGACCACCAAGUCGCAACAGAGCACCCACCCUCUGAGAAAUCUCCAGCCGAGUCACGUACGGACGGUGAAGUCACUGCUCGCAAACAACCCGCCCAAGGCCCCGAGCGCAAGCACAUGCCUGCUGGGAAAUCAUCUAAUGAGGCCUAUGAUACACAGGCACUGGUACCAACCGAGGAUGAGCCGCCUCUGAAACGGAGACGAAUGCAACCUAUCAAUCUGAGCCAGAAGCCUCAGACCUUGGGACUUCCCUGGGAGCGUCAGCCGGAAUGGGCAUAUAUCGGCACUGGUAGUAUCUCAUCUGACUUCAUCAAGUCGACUCAGGGUAAGAUAAGCACUCGGUUUCAGAGCUACGCAAACGGAGACGAAGAGAUCUUCGAAAUGUCUGAUCUGCCCUCUGAGCUGGACGAAGAAACUCUGAGGGAGAUGGAAGAGGAGCGUAUGGGAAACGAGGAGAACGAGAGGCUGAUGGACUAUCUGACCAGAGAACGAGUCAGGGAGAUUCUGGACAGUGAAGUCGAGCGAAUGACAGCCCAAUGGAAGGACACAAAGCUUGCCCAACGCGAGCGACUAGCAUACAAGCUGUGGACAUCUGCUGCUCGCCGUGGGUCAAAAGCUGAGGAAGCUUUGCAUGCGCGGUCGCAGGCCAAGUAUUUUCACAACCGCAUCCAGGCCUUGUCUGCUGAAAUAUUAGGCAUGAAAUGGCAGGUUGGGGACGAGGUCCAGUUCCAGGCUCAAAUCCUUGAGCCCAGCUUGAAAGAAAAACUCCAUGCACUCUGGCUGGCCGACACUUUGGAAUCGAGAGUUCAGCCUCCCAAACCGCCUCCGGCUCCCCGGAAGCCGAAGGAACCCAAACCUAGUACAAACGAUCCCGAGCUCUUGACAAGCAGCGACUAUGAAGAUGACCUGGAUGACUUCAUUGUCUCUGAUCAAGACGAUGCGCUUCCUGUGGAAUGCGCCCCCAGGGUGAAGAGCACCGGGGGAUGCAUUUCCGUUGCGAAGGUCUCCGCAGAGGAAGCGGCCAAAGAGAUGCUCCCGUCUGAGCAGAGACUACCUGAUGACGGGGCUCCAGAAGAAGAGAGGUCCGCAGGGGGGGAUCACGUGGAUGAGAUGGAAGGAAUCGAACAGACAUCCCCGGCCACCCCGAUCAAGGCUGAGAAGCAGCGACAUCCCCAGGUCGGGGCCACUCGGCCCGGUGGCAGGAGCGAGAGGCAUGACGAUAUCAGCGAUAGGAUAGUGAUUGAUCUCACCUCACCGGGAAAGCCCCAGUCCCCCAAGCCCGAGGAUCUCGAGAAGCUCGAGGCCGGGAAAAAGAAGGCUGAUAAGGACAAGAAUUCCGCACCUGGAGAGCCACCUUCCCUUGAGAGCUUGGGCACCUUGGAGGCAAUAUGCGCCGUCGACAGAGGUUUCUGGAAUUCGCAAAACGAUAGGUGGAGGCUGGAAGUGUGGGACGACUUCGUCAUCCCCUUCAUUUCAGAUCCCCCCACCAAUGCAGCUCAGCUAGAGGGGUCAGAUCAGGAAAUGCUGAAAAGCGACAUAUGCCGCAUUUUUCUCAGCUUUGUCAAGUGUAAGGCCCAAGGACAGAAGCGGAUGAUCUCGUUGAGCAGCCGGAAUGCCAAAAAGAUCCGAACUAGCCGGAAUAUCUGGUUUGACCCAUUUUGUGCCUUCAUAAAAGCAAGCGAGCCGAUCUUCCCCCAUGAGAGCCAGAUCUAUCGCGACCACGAUAUAUCUGAUGUGGAUCUACCAGAUGACGGCGACGAGCAAGGCGCUGGCUUGGAAUCCACUCCCUCUCGCCAGGCGGCUGCAAGGGAAAUAAUCCGGAACAAGGACGCUGUCGACCUGCGAGAGCACGAGAAGAAACGUGCCGAGGAACAGGAAGCCCGCCGUAAGAGGCUGCAAGCUACACUGGCAGACUCAGGUCUCGUAUCCCAGGACAAGUCGCGGUUGAUCAUCAACGACACUAAGGAGGAGGGCCAGUCCUUGAUCUACGUCAAUGACAAUACCAGCAAGUCAAUCAAGGACCACCAGGUCAAAGGGGUCCGGUUCCUGUGGAACCAAAUCAUACUCGACACUAAGCACCGCCACGGCUGCCUCCUGGCACACACCAUGGGCCUCGGAAAGACGAUGCAAGUCAUCACAUUUCUCGUCGCCGUUGCCGAUGCUGCCAAGUCGUCGGACCCUUCGGUGGCAUCUCAGAUCCCCAAAGAUCUUCGGACGUCGCAGACAAUCGUGCUCUGUCCCUCUGGGCUUGUGGACAACUGGAUGGACGAAUUGCUGAAAUGGGCACCGUCCGGGUCCCUGGGCCCCCUUACUCACCUGGAUGCAGUGACCGAGGUCCCGCAGCGCCUUGCUAUAGUCAGGCGAUGGGCGGAGGUUGGCGGUGUACUUGUCAUCGGAUACAACAUGCUCUUGAACGUCGCACAGGAUGAGGAGGCGGAGAAUAUUUUACUCAACAGGCCGAGCAUGGUCGUUGCUGACGAAGCACAUAGGCUAAAGAAUCGCGAGACCAAGUUGAACAGCAUGUGCUCCAGGUUCAAGACAACAAGACGCAUCGCGCUUACCGGAUCACCACUCGCGAACAAUGUCGAAGAGUACUAUUCAAUGAUUGACUGGGUUUCACCCAACUUCCUGGGUCCGUUGUCGGAGUUUCGGGAAGUCUACGUCCGAGAUAUUCAAGCUGGGCUGGACCGCGACAGUCCCAUAUCAGACAGACGAAGAGCUCUGAAGGUGCUCCAAGUCUUGAAGGCGACAGUCGCCGCAAAAGUUGACAGGGCCACCAUCAAGUCGUGCCUGGCCCACGACCUGCCCCCCAAGGCCGAGCCAACCCCUGACGAUGAACUUGCGCGCGCUGGGGGUAAGACGGAUCAGGCCAAGAUCUUCAGCACCGUCAAUAAUCUGGGCUUGAUCUGCAACCACCCUCGGUGCUUCCACGAGAAGUUGCUGGAGGUCAAGGCCUCGCCGGACAACCACCCCUCGUUCCCACACAGCAUCAUCUCGGCAGCCCUGCGGGAGACUAAGCGCACCGAUAACAUUGAUCCGCUGCUGUCUCACAAAGUGCAGUACAUGCUUCUCAUUCUAGACCAGGCUCGUGCUGCGGGCGACAAGGUCCUCGUGUUUACGCAUUCCCGCAACACGCUGAAUUACCUCGAGAACCUCUUGAAGCUCCAGAAGCGAGCUGUGUGUCGUCUGGACGGCAGUACAAAGAUAGACCAGAGACAGGAGAGGAUUCGAGACUUCAACGCCGGUAGCCAGGAGGUCUACCUGAUAUCAACGACGGCGGGCGGUGUAGGCCUCAAUAUCCAGGGGGCCAACCGCAUCGUCAUCUUCGACUCGAAGUGGAACCCGGUGGACGAGCAGCAGGCUGUCGGGCGCGCGUACCGUAUAGGGCAGAGGAAGACCGUCUUCGUCUACCAUCUCGUCGUGGCGGGCACGUUCGAGGAGGCGAUGCAGAGCAAGUCUGUAUUCAAGACGCAGCUGGCCUCGCGUGUCGUCGACAAGAAGAACCCGAUUGCGUGGGGUCAGAGGCACGCCAGCCUCCUGGGGCCCAUCAAAGAUGUCCGCCAAGAGGACCUGAGCAUCUUUGUGGGCAAGGACCGCAUCCUCGACAGCCUGAUCCAGCACCCACCCGGCGGCUCGCGCAUCACCAAGAUCGUCUCGACCGACACGUUCGAGGAGGAGGACGAGGACACCAACCUGACGGCUCAGGAGCAGCGCGAAGCACAGGACCUGCUACGAGCGGCCGCCGCCGCCACCAAUGACGAGGCCAGCGGCGGCAACAGCAUGGUUAGCCCCAUUUCGGCCUACACAGACGACAACGGCGGGCCCGACACCGAAGCCGCUGUCGUCGGCCAGCCCGAUGCCGUCGACCAACCCGACACCCAGGCCUGCGGUGAUACCAGAGGUGGCAUCUGCGCUGCUGCCGAAGCCGGCGCCGAUGGCGAUCCCGACAACAGAUUCCGCAUCCACGGCAGGUACCAAGGGCUCCCCCAUUCAUCUUACGACGACGACGGCGACGACGACGACGAUGACGACGACGACGGCGCUGCCGCCGCGACCGCCGAGCACCCAGACAGAGAACCCCAACGCUGUGAAUUCCAGGUAUCAACAGGACAGCAGGGCACCGGUUCACGAAUCGGUCGCUCCGACUCCGGAAUGGUGACGUCGGUGAUGUGGGAGGUGGACAAGGUCCGCAAGGCAAUGGCAGAGGGUUUCCUCCCCGACGAUCAGCAGUGGCGCACCCUGAACGAGAUGAUGACCAGAGACCGAUUCGCCCUUGCCGUCUUCUCCGGCCUCCUCUCGCCGCCGCUCCUGGCUACUGCUCCUGGCGAUCAGCUCCGGCUGCGUGCCAAGGUGCUCGAUGGUCUUAGCAAGGACGACUUCACGAAGCAGCUGACAGAUCCGCCGAUGAGUGGGCCGCAAUUCAGUCUGCGGCUGUUUCUGACCGUAUAUGAGCCCGAGAAGAGGGCCUGA